AUUAUUUUUUUGAGUAUUUUAGAGAAAUUCUCAACAUUUUGGAAAUUUAUUCCAUUAAAGAAAAUCUUUUUCAACAGAUUUGUAAAUCGAGAUCAAGAAACAUUUUUUAGCUUUGGUCAAAGGAGUCGUAUCGUGUGGGAAAUUCUCUUACGCACAUCCUGUGACGAUGGAGGAAGAACGACGGGAAUUACUCAUCUUUUAAGCAAUGGUACAUAUUCAGCUGCCUAUCCUCUGCAUGAUGGUCCAUAUGGUAAAGGUGCCUUUAAACCAGAAAUUGAAGAAAAAAAUGAAAGAAGGUUGUUGUACAGUGAAUGGGCAAGACCAGCUUCUUGGUAUAAACGUCAGCCUUUAAAUCUUAUCAGGAGAUAUUUUGGUGAGAAAACAGGCUUGUACUUUGCAUGGCUUGGUUUUUAUACAACAAUGUUAAUACCCCCAGCUGGUUUGGGUGUUUUAACAAUGUUUUAUGGUGUAUCGACAAUGGAAACAAAUAUACCAAGUCAAGAGAUCUGCAAUGAGAAUGGUUCCGGUAGUCACGUCAUGUGCCCGUUGUGUGAUAAACGGUGCGAUUACUGGCAGUUGAAAGACGGUUGUUUAUUUAGUAGAGUUGUACAUUUAUUUGAUAAUCCAGCCACAGUUGGAUUUGCUGUUUUUAUGUCGCUAUGGGCAACAAUGUUUAUGGAGUUAUGGAAACGAAAACAAGCCACGAUUGCAUGGGAAUGGGACUUGGCUGAUUUUGAUCAUGAACAGGAAAUUAUACGUCCCGAAUAUGAAAGUACAGUUCUAACAUAUCGUUUAAAUCCAGUAACCAUGACAUUGGAACCAUUUCUGCCCUUCUGGAAUAAAGUCGGUAGGCUUGCCGGAGCACAUUCUGCCGUACUUUUUAUGUUGAUAAUGGUACUUGGAGCAAUGUUUGGAGUUAUUGUGUACCGCAUAGCAAUUCUUGCCGCAUUACAUGCCAGCAACCAUCUGAUGUGGCGAUAUUAUGCAAAAUUGACAACUUCUACAUCUGCUGCUUUACUUAACUUGUUGGUUAUUAUAAUAAUGGAUAAGGUAUAUAGAAUCAUUGCUACAAAACUAACAAAUAUUGAAAAACCAAGAACACAAAGAGAAUAUGAAGACAGUUUCACAUUUAAAAUGUUUUUAUUUGAAUUCAUAAACAUGUAUUCAUCCCUCAUAUACAUUGCAUUUUUUAAAGGAAGAUUUUUUGGACAUCCAGGAGAUACAAUUACUUUAUUUGGAUAUAGACAGGAUCAGUGUGAGCUUGGAGGAUGUUUAUUUGAAGUAUGUAUUCAACUUGCUGUUGUUAUGGUUGGAAAACAAAUUUUAAAUAAUAUUACAGAACUCUUUUACACAAAAAUAAUGAAUUGGUGGAGGCAGUGGUGGAGGGGUCGAGAGGGACUAUCAACUCGCGAAGCUACGACACGUUGGGAACAAGAUUAUAAUCUUCUAGAAUGUGAUAGAAUGGCUCUCUUUGAUGAAUAUUUGGAAAUGGUGAUUCAAUUUGGUUUUGUGACUCUAUUUGUUGCAGCCUUUCCUCUAGCCCCAUUAUUUGCCUUAUUAAAUAAUAUUGUUGAAAUUAGAUUAGAUGCAUAUAAAUAUGUGACUCAAUUACGUAGGCCGGUAAUUGCUCAAGUACCAAAUAUAGGAGCGUGGCAAGCAAUUCUUAAAUCUAUAUCUGCAUUAGCUGUGAUUAGCAAUGCUUUUAUGAUCGCUUACACCAGUGAUUUUAUCCCGCGUCUGGUGUACACGAGCGUAUAUAGCAGCGACGGGACGCUGUGGGGAUACAUUAACAAUUCACUGUCCAGAUUCAAUACCUCAGAUUUUCCUGAGAAAAUAAAACCGUUAGAGUCAACUUUAAAUAAUGUUACAAUUAAAAUAUGCAGAUAUCAAGACUAUCGCUAUCCUCCCGAAGAACCGAAAAAAUACAAAUUAUCGAUGGAAUAUUGGCAUAUAUUUGCAGCCCGACUUAGUUUUGUUGUUGUUUUUGAGCAUCUGGUGUUCUUCUUCACGGGACUGGUGGCCUACCUGAUUCCCGACAUCCCUCGUUCAGUGCAGCAGAAGAUCCAGCGCCAACGAUACCUGGCCCGGGAGGCCCUGCACAAGGCCGAACUGGAGCAGAACAGGAGGAACCUGAGCAAUGCGGUGUCGGCGUCAGCAGAAACGGCCGAGAGGGUCAUUCACGUCUGACCCAGACCUCUCUUACCUCAUCACUCCCAUGGAGUGCAGCACAUUGCCACGAAAUAAGAAGAAAGAAAGGAUUUCAAAUUAUGCAAAAAACAACAAUGUAUAUAUAUGUAUAUACAUAUAUAUGUCAAAUAUUAUAUAUGUGUAUAUACAUAUUAAUUUUUAUAUCAGAUGUUUAUAUUUUUUAUUUGUUGUCCAUAUACUUUCAAUUAUGUACAGUUAUUUAAAUAACAAAUUAAAUGUAUAAAGUUAAUAUAUGGCUUUUAGUUGUUAUCUCGCAUUGAAAACUGUAUUCAAACAUUUCUUUAAUAUUAAAAAUCAGAUAUUUUUGG